UCAAUAAAUUAUUAAAAAUCAGUGAGGAACCGCUCGACUCCGGCUCCGGUGCCUCCAUGCAGUCCAAAAUCAGCUCUUUCUUCAAAUCUCCAGCUCAUGCGCCAAAGUCCAUUGACCCAGCCUCGGUUAUUGACGGCGGCGAUGACGAACUAGCAAUCUGGGAGAAGAAAGAGCAUCAUAUCUUCAAUACCUACGAGCGAAGACGUUCCGUUCCAAAAAUAAUCCAAGGCAAUACAGGGGAAAUUCACCAAGCAAAGAAAAUCAUACCAGUAGAAUCGUGCUCAAAACCAGAAUCCAUUAUAACAGGAAGGACAAUUAUCAAGAAUAAGAAGAGAAGCUAUGCUCAGUUCCAUCUAGAUUGUGGUCAAUCUGAUUUCCUGUUACACAAUUGUUCUACUUGCGGUGUCAAAUUUGCUCCGGGUGAUGUAGAGGAUGAGAAAGCGCACAAAGAAUUUCACAAAACUUACACUCGAGGGCUUUCUUUUAAAGGAUGGACUAACGAAAGGGUUGUUCAUAUGCCUAACGUCAAAGGGGAUCGAAUCAUUUUGGUCUUGGAGAGUGACCCUUUAGCUCAGAAAAAUAAGGUUGAAGAGUUUGUGAAAAUGAUGGAAAUUGACCUUGGAACUGGAUGGAUAAUUCAUCAAUACUGCAAGGUUUAUCUCUUCAUUUCCCAGCAGAGGAUUGUCGGGUGCCUUGUUGCUGAACCAAUCAAAGAAGCGUUCAAAGUUAUAUCUUGCUCAGUUGCUGGAAGUUCCGAUGGCAGCAGAAAGAAGGAAACGAAUUCAUUUUCAACCACUCUACAUUUUGGGGAUGUAAUUUUUCGAAGAGAAGUGGAAAAGAGAACCUCUUCAGUGACUGAAUCUGCAGAAUUGUACACAACACAUGGUGGGGCAAUAUUCUGUGAUGACAAAGCAGUCACUGCAGUUUGCGGCAUCAGAGCCAUUUGGGUGACUUCCUCCAACAGAAGAAAAGGCGUUGCCACCCAAUUGCUAGAUGCCGUGAGGAAAAGUUUCUGCAUGGGUUUCGUGCUUGACCAUUCUCAGUUAGCAUUCUCUCAGCCAACUUCGGUUGGAAUGGCGUUAGCAUCAAGUUACACCGGCACUGGAUCAUUCUCAGUGUAUAGAGCUAACAAAACGGAGUCAUAGAAAUUGAAUACGCCAAGCCAUAGUUUAAUUACUUUUAUGGAAUUAUGGAUGUUGCAAUUAUUACACGAUGCUCAUUAUAGUCUUGAUUUAUGCAUACAGAACCCCGAAUGCUUUCAA